GCCGCGACUGGUACCACCCGGCGACCUACGAGCUCCGCUGCGGCGCCGAGGCGCUGGCGGCCCUGCGCCACGCCGAGGCCCACCCGGGCGCCUGGUGGAUCUCGAAGCCGCGCGCGGGCAGUCGGGGGCAGGGGGUGCGCGUCGACGCGAGCCUCGCGCCGGCGCUCGCCGUCGACGAGGCCUGCCCGCGCGUCGCCCAGCGCUACGUGCGCGACGUCGCCCUCUAUCGCGGGCGCAAGUUCGACGUGCGCUUCCUCGUGCUCGUGCGGCGCCUCGAGGGCGACGCGCUCUGCGGCCGGCUCUGGCGCGACUUCUGGGCGGGAAUCAAACAGCGCGACUUCUGGGUCCGGGUCGCGCGCGACGCCUACGGCGGCGACCCGUCGCGGCGCACGGCGCACCUCACGGCCAUGCACCUCGUCGCGCCGGCGACCUUCGACGCGUCGGCGAACCCGACGGCGGCGGAGUUCCGGGAGUUUUACGAACGCGAGACCGGCGGCCGCUGGUCCGACGCGCUCGGUCGCGUCCGCGCGCUCGCGCGCGACGUCCUCGCCGCCGGCGCGGCGCGCUGCCCGGGCUUCUCGACGGCGGCGGCCGAGGGCCCGCCGCGGCGCGCCGCCGUCUACGGGAUCGACGUGCUCUUCGACCGCGAAUGGACGCCCGUGCUCCUCGAGGUCCAGUUCGACCCCUCGUCCUCCAACGUGACCUACGGCGCGCGCUGCACGGUGCACGCCUCGGCGCAAAUCGACGCCACCAAAGGCCCCAUCGCCAUCGGCGACGACGUGGCCAUCGACGAGCUCGUGACCAUCCGCAACGACUCCGGCGCGCCCAUGCGCAUCGGCGACGGCAACUGGUUCCAGGUCGGGAGCGCCUGCUUCGCGUCCCGCGUCGGCGACUACAACGUCUUCAAGCCGCGGUCCGUCGUGGCGGCCGGCGUCGUCGUCGGCGACGGCUGCUCCGUCGGCGCGGGCUGCGGCGUCGCGAGGGGCGCGCUCGCCGACGGCGCCGCCGUCUUCCGCUGCGGCGACGCCGCGGACGCGCGCGCCUGCGACCACCUUCUGGAGCUCCCCAAG